AAAUAUAUUAUUAGGUCUAUGGUCUAUGCUUCAAACAAAACCGAAACAAUUACAAUUAUGAUUUGUGAUAAACAAAAAGAAUAUUAAACAGUUUUUGAAUUACUGCCUUUUCAAGAAAUGUUCGUAAAAGACCCCUGUGGUAUUGCUUGUAUUAUCGUAACUUACUCGGCCAUAUUUUAUGCAGAUUAUGUAGUCGUAAAAUGGAUAAUAUUACAAACGAUGAUUAAUAGUCUUUGGGGAGCAUUCAACCUUCUCACAUUCAAUGCUAUUAUAUUCCUCCUAUGUAUGUCCCACAUAAGGGCAGUAUUGACUGAUCCAGGAACCAUCCCUCUACCGGAAAAUAGAAUGGACUUUUCAGAUAUACAUUCAAACACUGACUUAGGAUGUGAUUUAGUAAAUUGGACAAUCUGUACAAGGUGCGAAACAUACAGACCUCCUAGAGCUCAUCAUUGUAGAAUAUGCAAAAGAUGUAUUUUGAGAAUGGAUCAUCAUUGUCCUUGGAUCAAUAAUUGUGUUGGAGAAAGAAAUCAGAAAUUUUUCCUUCAAUUUCUGAUAUAUGUCGGAGCUCUUGCUGGAUACUCAGUUAUUCUUGUUGUUUCCUCUUGGUUAGGUGAAUGUUCUACAUGUAGUGACGACAUUAUCAUCAAGCAAUCUCGAAUAAUGCAUUCUGUAAUUCUCAUGCUUGAGAGUACCCUAUUUGGAAUGUUCGUGAUGGCAAUUUUCAUUGAUCAGAUGCAAGCUAUCUUAGGAGAUGAAACAGCAGUGGAACAAAUAACCCAUCAAGGUCCUUACCGGCCCUACAAAUCAAUGAUGGCGCUCAUGACAGAAGUUUGCGGAAAUGACCAUCCACUGCUUUGGCUUUUUCCAUGUUCCUCUGUGCGUGGAAGAUAUGAAGAGAACCUGUUGAACUAUGAGGUGUAAAUAUUUCCUGUUUUUUUUUUUUUUUUGAGAAGGAAAAUCGAACAGGAGUUGCAUAAAAAAAAAGGAAUUUUUGCUUGUUAGCAUAAAUUUCAAUUUUGAAGUGAGUAAGUAUUAUUGAGUGACUUACGUAAUUUUACAAUCAAAAGUUGAGAUUAGGAAAUCUCAUUGAAAAUAUUAUUUUUCUCUGAUGUAGAAGAACUAUUCUCAUAAUUGAUGUGUAAAACUUCUUUUGAUGUAGGAUCCAUGUAUUCAUUUAAAUUUAUUCUCCUAUAUUCAGGUAAGAAAGUAAAUUCUGAACGAUUUUUUUUUUGUCAGGGAUCAGGUGCAAUAUAUAUUUAACUGAGAUUUUGGAAAAGCAGUAAAAAGUAUUUUUUUUAUAUUGUUUUUAUAUGUAUUAUUAGCAAAUGAAAAUCUUGACCAAGAAAAACAUAUACAACAUUCUUUCAAAUAGCAGAUGUGUGAUAAUGAGGAAAUAAAAAUAGUUGAAUUGAAAUAUAUAUUAUGAUAUAACGAAGAGAUAAUACCGAUAAACAUUCCAUUCACAGAUACUGCAGGGGACCAAUAUUUCGACUGUAUAAAUUUUAAAAGCAUGUCAAAAGCAUUGGAUGUUCUGAGCGCUCAGAAUUUUAAGACGCUCAUCAGUUCUAAAAAAUGCAUUUUGUGAUGGAGAAAAUGGAUUUUAUAAAAAAAUUUGCUAUUUAUAUUCUGUUUGAAUGAAGCUUCCGUAUCAAUGAAUUACUGAAAAAAACUAAUUUCCACUGAAAUAAGAGCAGCUUGCUGAAUUCAGCACUGAAAGUUAAAAUAUUCAGAAAUCACAUGCGCGGGCGUUAUAAAUAUUAAAUUUUAAUACUGAAUUUAGCAUAGUGGCAAGCGGCUCUUAGUCUCAUUGUAGUCAUGAGAGUAAGUGUAAACUGUUGAACAUUCGGUAUUCGAUCAAUAUCCCGCACCACUAUUUUGAUUCACAUAAAUGAGAUUUAGGAAAAAAAUUUUUGUUUCUGACAUGACAUCUGUAUGCCUAUUGUCACUUCACUAAUCUUUUGAGGAAGAAAAACUUGAAUUAGGAUUAGUUCUUUUUAUUUGUAAAUAUAUUUGUACAUUUAAUUUAUUGUAUCGUUAUUCUCAAUAUUAAGUGUGAACUUUGCAGCUUUUCCAAAAUAUAAUGCCAAAAAUGAUAUUAUUGUAAAUAAAAACUUCAACUUGA